UGCUAGUCUAUGUUUCAAUAUUUCAAUAAUCAGUGAAGAUGGUGACCUCGCGCUGGAUAUUAUUGGCUCUGUUAGCUGUAAUUAAUUUUGAAACAGUUGUUACACAAGAUAUUUGCCGUAGGUUUCCCUUUCCACAGAGCCUCAAUACUUACAGUAUCUGUCAGAAACUUACCGGAAGUAUUAACAACCAGAUGCAGAAUAUAGUUAUAAAUUGUGCUGAUGCGUCCAUUGUUGAGUUAGGUAAAAUAGAAAUAGGAUACAGAGAUAGACAAUGUCAAGGCAUUAUAAGCUAUAUAGGUUGUUGUUUUGGUACCCGGAUUCCUAGUAAUUCGUCAAUAGUUUGUCAGUCACAAGUUGAUAUAACUGGAACUACUAACAGACUGCUGGAGUUUAGAAAUGCGAUACUUAGGGAGUGUCGUGGACGAUCAUCGUGUACAUACCAACUAUCUCUACAACCACUACUAGAACAGGUCUUCACUGAUGCUUACUUUGUUUAUCUUAGUGUUGACUAUACCUGUAGUUCAGAUUCUAUGGGGCCAUCAACACCCAAAACCGACUCAUCACCAGGUGGUGAUAAGAACGGUGUUUUAAUAACAGGAUGGAUUGUAGCUGCUGUUAUAUUUGUACUAUUUAUUGUUACCAUUGCUGUAGUCGUGUUUCUGUAUAGACAAAACAGAGAGAAAGUGCAGAAAUGCAUUCCAAAAUCAAGUUUACAAAAACCAACAAAACCCUUAAGUCCACUACCGAGUGUUCCGUAUGACAUAAGAAAUAGCAGCUAUACAGCACUUGACGAUCGAGAAUAUAACACCAUACCUAAUGAUUAUGAAAAAAUACAGAUGGAAAAUAGUGUUGAUCAUGAAUAUUUAGAGCCAACAGCACCAUCAGAAUACUCGGUUGCCACUAGUGUAGUUACUCCCCAUUAAUGCCCUGUGAUGCGCUCGUGAAUACGCCAAAAGACGAUCACUUAAAAGGUCCAUACCGAGGCUUUUUAAAUAUUGUGUUCAAUUUUUCAAUGUCAAAGAUGGGUCCAUUUUAACGCCAAGAGCCUAUUUUUUAUUAGCAUGUGUAAUUUUAGCUUUUGUAAUGUAACUGCUUCUUCCAAAUUUGGAUUACAAAGCCUCAGCAUAAGAUAUAUAAAACUUUCCAUUCAUCAGAUAAAAUACCGAAGAUAACAAUUUUUGGUAAUCUCUUCGACAACUGUAGUGUUCAUAGGGAACUAUUGAUGUUAAUGGUUUGUUAUUGUUAAAGUAUUAAAAAGGAAAUUAAUCAGCC